AUGACUGACAACACCAUAUCAUGCCCUUUCUGUCCUUUUACGGACUCCGAUGCUGACUUCGUAUCCCAACACAUCGAAUUCUGCCAUCCAGAAACUGGGGAAACUGGUUUCCUGCAGGAAAACCCGCAAGAAUUCACCAGCCAAAACUCGGCUCCACCACCAGCGGACGAGGAUGGCGUAGACAAAUAUGUUGACUGUCCACAUGGAUGUGGUGAGACAAUAGCAAGCACUGAGCUCUCGAGUCAUCUGGAUCUGCACGUUGCGGAGGAUAUGGCACUGGAUGAUCUCGGGGCCACAACGGCACGCUCAACUGUAGAUGCAUAUGGUCAUGGGGAUGAUCGGUCCUUUGAUGAAGAAGAUUCCCUCGACAUGCUCGGCUCUCACAAAGGAGGCAAACGUGGGAUGCAACGAGACUCCUCGCGAGUAAACACCGCCAAGCCACCACGGCCUCACAGUCCGCCAAGGACAACCAAUGCCGAUGGCACAAAGAGAUUAGGGCGGUCGGAAUUGGGUCCUCAUGCCCACGAGAAGAAAAUGCCAUCAUGGCUAAAGAAAAUGCUGGAAAAAGGCGGCAGCAUAUCAAAGCAAACCCAAAUCACAUCGGACGGCAAAUUCACAAGACGCGAGACAGUGGAAAACGAGACCGAUCAUCUGAUUCCUGUUCUUGCUCGACUGUGCGAACAGGACAAAUCCGUCCGACGGGCAUUUUUAUGUAGCCCCAAAGUCCGCCAUAUCUGCAAGAUGCGUCGGGAAGGCGGAUUUUGUGGCUAUCGCAAUAUUCAGAUGAUGGUUUCUUGGCUGAAAAAGUCGCGUGGCUUUGGCCAUGAGCACUUCCCCAAUAAGGGCCCAACGAUUCUUGAGCUGCAGGAUAUGAUUGAAUCGGCCUGGGAUAUGGGGUUCAAUAGUUCUGGAAGAGCCGAGACAGGUGGCAUCAAAGAUACGCGCAAGUUUAUUGGGACCCCUGAAGCACAAGCACUUUUCAUGAGCCUAGGAAUUCCAUGUGAAGCCAGAAGUCUGUCAGAGAGAAGUGAUUUACGGGCCUGCGAUGCUCUUUAUAUUGAUGUCGCCGAUUAUUUCCGGUCAGCGUGUCCAGAAGACGAGACAAAGAUCGUUCAGACCGAUCUCCCUCCGAUAUACUUCCAACAUCAAGGUCAUUCUAUGACAAUUGUCGGAUUUGAAAUACGAGAGAACGGCAGCGCAAACCUGCUCGUGUUCGAUCCUAUGUUCAAGACUUCCCCUGCAAUGGAGCGUCUGAUCGGGGCCUUUGUGAAGCCCUCGGACCCCACUCGCCUUCUCAAAGCAUAUCGCAGAGGAACGCCUUAUCUGCAAAAGUACAAGAUCUUCGAGCUUCUCAAACUAUGUAUGACCAGCCCGAAACAUGAAGCCACAUAG